AUGUAUUCAUGGGAUUGGGAUCGGGCUGUCCUUGAUGCUUCUGAAUAUCAUCAACUGCAGCAAAUGAAGGACUUAAUUGAGUCUCUAGCUGUGAAUAUAGGGACAGGCAAGUGGUCUUGGAAAUAUGAUGUGAAUGGCAGCUUCACUGUGGCGGGAAUCAAGAAGAUAUUGAGUUCGGUUAACCGUGACAACCCCGUUAGAGCUUUCGAGUGGAAUAAUUGGGUUCCGAAAAAGGUCGCUAUUGUGGCGUGGAGGGCUGAAAUGGAACGGCUUCCAACUAAGUGUGCGCUUGUGGCUCUUAAUGUUCCAGUACAAGGUCAAGACUGUGUGUUUUGCGGGGAGUAUGCAGAGACGAGCGAGAAUCUUUUUGUUGCUUUCCAUUUCGCACAAUCAAUAUGGUUGAACAUCGCGGAGUGGUGUAACAUUCAGCCGGUCAUAGCAUUCGGGAUCAAAGACCUCCUUAGUCUGCAUGAGGUUAGCUCCGGUUCCUCGAAGAAGAGAAAGGCGGUCCAUGCCAUCGUGUUGGUGGCUCUUUGGUGUAUAUGGAAAUUGAGGAAUGAGAUAGUUUUCAGACAAGGUGUCCCGAAUUAUACAAAUACUUUGGAUGAUAUAAAAUCGAUGGCGUAUCUUUGGAUUAAGAAUAGAUCAAAGAUGGGAAUGUUAACAUGGGAGGAUUGGGGAAGAUUUAGUUUUGCAGGUUUUUUAUUCAUAAUUAUGUAA